AUGUCGUCCACCACCUCCAAGAUCAUCGCGGCCACGGCGAGCGGGUACCACAUCCUCAAGAUCGAGGGCUACUCCGGCACCAAGUUCCUCUCCAAUGGGCGCUCCAUCAAGUCUCCUCCUUUCACCGCCGCUGGCCACCGCUGGAGCAUCGAAUACUACCCGAACGGUAAAGCUCGGUUCUACCAGGCUUGCAUCUCUCUCUACCUCGUCCUCGAGGAGGACGUGGCCAGCCCGGUGAAGGCACUAGUCCAGUUCAGCUUCGCGGCGGAGGAGCGUCGCCACCUCGUGCCGUUCUUCCCCAAGAAGAGCAAGACACCAGCGCCGUUGUUCAAGUCAGGGGAGUUGGAUUUCGUUAGUCGUGGCGCCAAUGGAUGCGACGAGUUCAUUGAGAGGAGUUCCCUGGAGAAAUCGAAGAAUCUAAGGGACGAUUCCUUCACCAUCAGGUGCGACAUCGUCGUCCUCAACGGGUUCCGCGCCGAGGAUGUGGGGCCGGCCAAGAACAACUCCGCGCCAAGGUGUGUCUACGUGCCGCCGUCCGACCUGAUCCAGCACCUCGGCAACCUCCUCACGUCCGGCAAGGGCGCGGACGUGGUGUUCGAGGUCGGCGGCGAGAUGCUGGCCGCGCACCGGUGCCUGCUCGCGGCCCGGUCACCGGUCUUCGCGACGGAGCUCUUCGGCUCCAUGAGCGAGAGCGGCGGCGCUGCUGGCGUUGUCCGCGUGGCCGACAUGGAGGGGCGGGUGUUCAGGGCGUUGCUCCGUUUCUUGUACACGGACUCGUGGCCGGAAACGGCGAAAGAAGAGGAAUGCGCCAUGGCGCAGCACCUGCUCGUGGCGGCGGACCGGUACGGCAUGGAGAGACUGAAGCUGCUCUGCGAAGACAACCUGUGCAAGAGCAUCAGUCUGGGCACGGCGGCCAACAUCCUGGCAUUAGCCGAGCUCCACAACUGCAACGACCUGAAGGAUGCCUGCAUCGAUUUCCUCAUAUCUCCGGGAAAUCUCUCGGCUGCCAUGACCCGCGAAGACUUUGAGAAUCUGAAAACAAGCUGCCCAUCGCUUGUCAAGGAGCUGAUUGACACACUGCAGUCCAUUGGUUGA